GGAAAUAUUUCAGGAAUAACCUCUGAAGAUAAUUCAGAAACGACCUCUGGAAAUACUUCAGGAAUGAUCUCUGGAAAUACCUUGGAAAUGACCUUUGAAAAUACAUUGGGAACAAUCUCUGGAAAUACUUCAGGAAUGACCUUUGAAAAUACAUUGGGAACGAUCUCUGGAAAUACUUCAGGAAUGAUCUCUAGAAAUACUUCAGGAAUGAUCUCUAGAAAUACUUUGAGAAUGACCUGA